AAUCCUGCUAGCAAAUAAGUUAAUUCUGUUGUUUUCUUGACAGGUUUUGAAGCUUUUUAAGUUACUACACAGGACACGGCAAGAAGUUUUUAAAAACGAUACCAAAGCCCUUGAAGCUGCAAGACAAAAGAUAAAUGAAGAAUUCAGAAAUAACCAAGAUGAGACAUCUGAAGAAAAAAUAAAUGAGCUUCUGAAAAUAGCUUCGGAUGUUGAAGUGAUCCUCAGAACUUCUGUUAUUCAGGCAGUUCACACAGAUUCUGACAAAAUAGUGCUCAUACCCAGGAAAGAUCUGCUACAAGACAACACCCCUUACUUGGAUAAACCAAUAAAAAAGCAUGAAUCCUGA